UAGGAGGAGGCUUAGGUUGGAUUUCCAUUAAGACUAAAUUUUAUUUUGUAUAUACAACUUAAGAAAUACAACAUGCAAUUUAUAUCAAUACAAAGAUUAAAUUGCACAAAAUUUAUUGUUUUUAGAUACAUAGAUGAGAACGGAGAUGGAAAAAUCUCCCCAGCUGAGCUACGAAAAUGUGUGAAAGCAGUCGGUACUCAACGACUAUCUGUAGAAGAGGCGACAGCAGCCGUUGAGUGUUCAGAUUCGGACGGCGACGGAUUGUUGAGCUUAGAGGAUUUUGGUAGAUUGAUGCAAGGCAACGAACUAUCGGAGGAGGAAAAGACGGAGGAGUUAAAAGAAGCGUUUUUGAUGUACAUGAUAAGAAGAAUGACAGAUUUUAUAACACCUAAGAGCUUAAAAAGAAUGUUGGGUCGACUUGGUGAGCCGAAGUUAAUUCAUGAAUGUAAGGCUAUGAUUCGGGCAUAUGAUCUAAAUGGAGACGGUGUUCUUUCAUUUGAAGAAUUUGCUCUUAUGAUGCGUUAAAAUGAAUAAAUUUGUGGUUUUAUAUUUGGUAGUAAUUUUUUUGUAUAUUAGGUUAUAAAUUUUUAUGUGUU